AUGGAUAUAACCACGGCGGUUUACAACGCUGCCAGAGAUGGUAAGCUAAAACUUAUCCAGAAGUUGCUGAGCAACAAAAGUCCAGAGGAACUGGAAUCUUUGGCCGAAGAGAAGACCCAGGGCGGGACCCCGCUGCUGAUCGCCUCUCGGUACGGGCACUUGGAGGUGGUAGACUACCUCAUAGCGCACUGUAAAGCCAAUGUCGAACUCGGUGGCUCUGUUAAUUUUGACGGGGAAACUAUUGAAGGAGCUCCUCCGCUGUGGGCGGCUUCUGCAGCGGGUCACCUUCCUGUGGUGAAAACGCUGCUAAAACACGGGGCUUCUGUCAAUAACGCCACUUUAACCAACUCCACGCCGCUGAGAGCCGCCUGCUUCGAUGGGCACCUGGAAAUUGUCCGCUAUUUGGUGGAGCACAGAGCCGACAUGGAGGUGGCUAACAGGCAUGGCCACACCUGCCUCAUGAUCUCCUGCUACAAGGGCCACAAGGAGAUCGCCAAGUUCCUCUUGGACAAAGGUGCAGACGUGAACCGCAAGAGCGUAAAAGGAAACACGGCCCUCCAUGACUGCGCAGAGUCAGGGAGUCUAGAUAUUAUGAAAAUGCUCCUCAAGUGUAACGCUCGAAUGGAGAGGGAUGGCUACGGGAUGACCCCGCUCCUGGCUGCCAGUGUCACAGGUCACACCAACAUUGUGGAGUAUUUGGCUCAUCAGCCUCGGACCUCCAGAGAGGAACGUAUAGAUGCUCUCGAACUACUUGGUGCUACGUUUGUUGACAAGAAGCGUGAUCUACUGGGGGCUAUGAAAUACUGGAGGAGAGCCAUGGAGCUGAGGCAGCCAGGUGAUAAAGCUUCUUCUCUUGCCAAACCCCCUCCUGGACCCCCGAUAUCUGCCUACAGCUGUGCUCAAGAAGUAAACACUGCAGAAGAGUUGGAGGCUCUCAUCACAGACCCUGAUGAAAUGAGGAUGCAAGCUUUAUUAGUCAGAGAGCGCAUUCUGGGCCCUUCACACCCAGACACUUCCUACUACAUUCGUUACAGAGGGGCAGUGUAUGCAGACUCGGGUAAUUUUGAACGCUGCAUCAGUUUGUGGAAGUAUGCUCUGGACAUGCAGCAGAGCAACUUGGACCCUCUCAGUCCCAUGACCGCCUCCAGCUUUCUAUCUUUUGCAGAACUCUUCUCUUUUGUGCUUCAGGACCGAGCUAAAGGCACUUUGUCCACAAGGGUCACCUUUCAUGACCUGAUGACAGUCCUUGGGAAAAGUGUCAGAGAAGUAGAAAGAGCGAUUGCACAAACAGACAACCCCCCCGAGGCACCUCAGUUCACCAAGGCCCUGUCCAUCAUUCUGCAUCUCAUCUUUUUGCUGGAAAAACUGGAGUGCACACCAGAACAGGAGCACCAGAAAAAGCACACUGUGUACCGCUUGCUGAAGCUCAACCCCAGAGGACGCAGCGGCUUCACGCCCUUGCACAUGGCUGUGGACAAAGACACCACCUCCGUGGGCCGGUACCCUGUGGGUCGCUUCCCGUCUCAGACUGUGGCCUCCCUGCUGCUGGAGUGUGGUGCUGAUGUGGAUUCCCGGGACUGUGAAAACAACACGCCUCUGCACAUAGCAGCUGCAAAUGGUUGUCCAGAGAUCAUGGCUCAGCUCAUGAAAGCAGGGGCCCACUUUGAUGCCACAAACGCCCAAAGGAAGACGGCCUAUGAACUGUUAGAUGAGCAGAGCAGUGGCCAUCCAGCACUUUACCCUCUGAACUAUGUGACCCUGCAGUGCCUGGCGGCGCGGGCUGUGGAGCGGCACAGGCUGCCAUACAGAGGACUCAUCUCUGAAGAGAUGGAGGCGUUCAUCGAGCUGCACUGA